AUGCGUCAACUCAAUGCUGCGGAAGCUGAAGAUGCACAACAUAUGUGGCAUAAGGAAUGCAAAUACAGCAGGAGGUUUGCAAACAUAACACCUCCAUUUGGAUUUUGUGAAAUGAAGAAUGGAAAUGGCAGAAUAGACAUGCUGGUCGCUGGAAAUAGCUUUGCCUGCAACCAAGGCGACGUCAUUUACAAGGCAUUCAAACGGUAUGCAAGGCAGUUCAACAUAUUUUGUUUGCCAAGAUAUGAAAUGUUUUAUCCCAAUUGUCCAAUUCCUUUCAACUUUACCCAUAUAGUGAAGGAACUGAAACCUGAAGUCGUAUUCAUGAUAGAUAGAGCUGUCAUCACGAAAGCUCCGCUCAAUGUGUCAAAACCAAUCGAUGAAGACAGAGCCUUCGGUCUUUUUAUGAAAACACUGAUACUCCUCGAAAAAACAACUAGAAAGGUCUACAUCUUACAAGCAUUACCAAGCUGUAAACUUGGCUGCGCUCAUAGAGCUGUGAAUUACUUACAAAAAGGAAGACCUCUGAACACAAUGAAAGCAAGUUUACUAAAAUGCACUAUGAUGUAUAAGGGAACUUGCCGCAGUCCACGGCAGAAGGCUGACCGAGAGCGGCGUGAGCCGAAGUAUCGCGCAUCCCCAAAAAUUGUUCCCGUAGGUACUAUCAAAGUGGCUGCCUUUAGAUCGUUUAAGCAUGUUAAGUUCGAGAAAGUUCUCUUGGAUUUGCUGGAGGAUGUGACCAUAGAUAGUUGUGUGCGUCGAAUACGUCUCCCAUUCACAUCAUGUAAGAAAUCGCAACAAUCAAACGUGGCAGAGUCGAAUAUGUUGUACAGGAGUCCAAUUGUUACUCUCCAGUCGGGCAGCGUGCUGAAAGAUGGCCUCAUAGAGAAGGAUGAGUUUUUCUUUUUCGCUCGUCAUCGGAUAUGGGAAAUUGGAAAAAGAUGCAAAAACUGUGAGAUAGUGGACUACAUGCCAGAGCUUGUUGAUAAGAAAGGUCACUACCUUGGUUACAACCCUGAAACAAACCUCAUGUAUCUCAAUUGUAACAAUCAUUUCAAUACAUUUGGAAAACAACGCAUUCAGAUUGUUUUUGACGAGUUAGCAAAAAAGUUUACGAUGUUCACAGACGGAUAA